AUGCUCCGCAACGGAAGUGCGCGAGCGAGGCGGAACGGUGCUGCAGUCCUGCUGGCGACAGGCUCGACGGCGAUCAACGGCCACAGCUCUGCCGGGAGCUCUGCGGUGGUGGUGGUGGCAGCAGCAGCAGAAGUGGGCACACCAAAGGCAGCCGCAGCACCUCCGUUGUCGUCGUGGGACCGGAAGUCGUCGUCACGCAUCUUCUCAGAGAAGCCUCCAGCGGAGGAGAGCAUUGAUACUGCUGACGGCGCCGCCCCCGCCCGGAAAACGCCAGCACGCCAGCAGCUCCCACCACCAUCGGAGGCGGUCGUCGCAUCCCCAUCUCCGGCCGCGGCUUCCCUGGCGUCGCUCGAAGCCGACGCGAUGGUGCGCUCUUGGCAGCAGUGCAUCGACCCGCACAUGGAGAAUCUACCGUCAUCUCUUACCUCCUCCGUCUUUCGCUCGGGCCACAGCGCUGCACAGGGUGUACCGCGGCCACCAGCUCCGCCGUCGAUGUCCGCCUCUCGGCCAGCCCACCUCAGCGAUGCGGCGGAGGAGGCGUCGCGGACAAGCUCAAAAGUGAAGAGGACGUCACAAGCACCGAGUCAACGCGGCGCCGGCGAAGCGCACAGCAAGGCCAGUGAAGACGGUACCGAGGACAGCAUGAACCCCGCGCGCCACCGGUCCGCCGCCGCCUCGUCGGUUGGCGUGCCAGCCACAGCAGGGGUCGCCGUCGCCACCCGUCAGUCGCCGUCUGUGCGCUCACACACGUCGUCUGCGAUGGUUGGGGACGCACGCAGGAGCAACGCCUCGGUGCGUCCUGACUUAGGAGAGGAACAUGGCGUGCCAGGGAGCUCGGCGAGCUCGAUGUAUCAGCGCCUGCCGACAGCGGACCCGUUCGACAAGGAGAGCCAAAGCAGCUCUCACUGCGACAGCGGCGCGCUCCCGCCGCCUCCUGCCUUCUCGUCGUUCGCGUCGGUGCCGUCCGUUGCCGUCGCCAUGUCAGUCAAGACUUCAGGCCAGCAGGCCAGCCAACGCGCCUUUUGUGCCGCAUCGUCGUCGUCGUCGCAGUCCCCAGCGGCCGACGCCGCCGCCACACCGAAGAGGGCCCGAAGCUCUGCGAACCCUCGGUCCUUUAGUGGCUCAUGCGGCAGCGCGUUGCCGCCGCAGCGGCGUGAUUAUCAAGGGAACGUCACCAGCCGCGCCACUGCAAGCAUUGGCCCCUUCCACCUCAAUACGGGGAGCCGCAGUGCCGUCCGGCGAUCCAUGUCACCUUGCUGUGCACCGCCGGGCCCGCUUGCCAGCGUGCCUGCGCAAGAGCGGCAGCGGCUAGUGAACUUGCCGCACCAGCUGAGCACCGCGCCCGGCACCUCGCGCCUGGAUAUGAGCUUCGAGCAGGACGUGAAGGAGCUGUACAGGCAGACGCACCUUGUCGAUCCGCUCCUGCUCAGCCGCCCUGGGCGGCGCCAGUUUUACAUCCCAGAGCAGGCCGAUCUCUUCGGCAUGUACCCAGAGCCGCCGAUGACGACGGACGAGGACGGCAACGAGAUCGUCAAGCACCUCGCGCCGAUCCCGAUCCAAGCGCAGAGCUUCGUGCCGUCGCAGAAGCGGAAGUCGUCCCAGUCGCCACCGAUGGCUCCUGCCUCCAGCGUGCAGCACGGGAAGGCGGGAGGAGCUGAUGCAACUGGCGGCAGCCACAGCAAUAGGGCGGUGGUGCGCCCCGGCCGCGGUCUCUCCAGUUUUGUGGCCGGGUACGGCGAGGAGACGACAGCGCAGGGGCGCGGCGGCCUCACGCAGCCGCGCGGUCGCAUCGUCAGCGACAUCACCGCACCGUACCGACGCAACAUGUCGGCUAAUACAGGACGCACCGGCCACAUCCAGUGCGAGUCGCUCAUGACCAACAGCCCACUGCCAGGCUCGGUGAGGUCGUUGUCGCCUGGUAUGAUGGCGGCGGACGGGUCGCUGGCCUCGACACCGUUUACCAUCAUGCGGCCAACGCCAUUCUCAGAGCCGAGUAACGACAUCCCAAUAUCGGACAGCGAGUACGACUAUGCGCAGUUGACGACAGCACGCAUGAUGUCUGCAGCCGCACCGUUGCACGAUCAGCAGCACCAGCAGUGUGUCAAUGCCGUGUUGGCGUUCGUUGAGGACGAGGAGUACAGCUACAAUUUGCAGUCCGCUGCAGCCAUGGCGUCAUCGAGGCCAAUAGUCACGGUGUCGGCGGCAGUCGUCGUUCAGUCAUCCCUGGGGGGUGGCGCAGGAGGCAGCAGCAGCAGCAGCCACAGCGAGGGCAUCUCCGGACCGGUGAAACCGACCGUGGCCCCACCGCCGACGCGCGUCAACGCUAAUACUGGAAUGGAGCUCGACGCGGCGCCGAAGCUUACGGGCACGCCGCGUUCGAUCAGCUCCGAUGGCGCUGCCGCGACGGAGCGGCGAAGCCGCCCAGUGCGCAGCGGUGAAGGGGCGGGGAAGGCGGCCGAGAAGGUGUCAAGGCCGCCUUUGGUUUCCGCCAGCGCCUCUCUCCUCACUGAGGCAGUCACGGGCACGAGCAGCCGCCACAGCAGCAGUGCCGUGGGCAGUGCUGUCGCUGCUGGUGGGCCCAGUGAGCUGAAGAAGGCACCAACGGACUCGCGGCGAAGCACAGGGUCCCUCAAGUCACUGCCACUGCAGCAGCAGGCAGAGCAGCAGCAAACUGAUGAGUCAGAGGCGGUCGCGACUGCCGCUUCACAGUCGGCGGCACCGACGCCCAAGACAGCACCAUCGUCUGUCAUGGACAAGUCGACGCACUCUCUCGCCUUCAGCGUGGCGGCGUCGUCGACCGUCGUGGAUCCGUCGCCGGAGCCGCCGAUCCCCACCGUGCGCCGACACGCAGACCCGGUGUCCGGGUCGAUGUCGUCGCUGUCCGAGUUGUCGUUGCCGUCACAGCGCACAAGGUUGGAGAGGGUCCAGCCGACGAAGGAAACGCGGGUGUCGCCAGCCGCAGCAGCAGUGUCACCGAGCACAUCCCUGGAUGGCACACCACCUGCCCUGCCCCCACCGCCGCAAGCGAAGGCGGCAGCCGCCGUCUGCAGCGAACCCGACAAGCCUUCGGCAGUUCACGAAGGCUAUGUCUCCGCGCUGGAACGGUACAGACGCAAGGAGGCAGCCAUGUCGAAGGAUGGCGACAUGCGCUGUAUGUAUCGCAGAAGCCGGUGUAGCGAGUCCAGCGCCACCGUGGAGGCUGUGACGGAAGUACCUGCUGCCACAGCGGCUCAGGGUGACACCCUGGUGUGCUCUCCGCCAGGAUUGAAGCCGGCGUCCGCGCCGUCGACGACCGUUUCCUCCUUGUCCUCGAAUACCGUUGGCAUCGUCGCCGCCGCCGCCGCCGGGCACAGCAGCCGCUGCCGCGAACCCCCGCUCGUCUCCGAUCGCGGCACGCAGACGGAGUUCGUCUUUGUGCUGGAUGACCUGCAAGGCCGCCGGCUCCAACAACUUCAGCAGGAGCAGCUGCUGAAGAGCCUGCAGCUCAUGCCGUCGCAGCUCCAAAGGCAGCCACUGCUCAUCCUGAACGCGGGUAGCUACAGCCCGCCCACCUUCACCGCCACAUCUACGCCGCGGAUGUCACUGAGCCCGCAACCUCAAACCUCAGGCGGCACGAGCCCUUCUAUGAAGCCGCAGCAGCGCUCCGCUAACCUCUCCCCGGCCCGGCAGCGGCGCAGCUACUUCGUCAACGAUUCCCGCGCCGUGCGCGAGGCCCUUUGGUGGUCGAAGUAA